CCGCAAUUCAAAUUUCCGACAUCCCGUGAAGUCAUCACUGGAAAAUGGGCGUGUUUCUUUCACCAACAUCUCAGCAUAGGAGUUUUUAUCAAAACUUUUAAAGUCAAUAUUUAAAAUAUUUAGACGUCUAGCAGUUAGCAGUUGGAGGAAUAUGGUGUGUGAGCGUAGCAUAUACUUAGUUAAGCCUUUACAUAAUGGUUUAUUUUGUAAUUUUCUCGUUUUAGUGCUAUUUAUCAGCAUAGACUUCCCGGUUUCUGACUGUGAUGGGAUCACUUCAGAGAGAUGUCUCAUCUGGGGUCCAGGGCUGAACCCCGAGACAGUGUUACCAGUCCGACACUUCUUUAUUCAGGCGGUCAAUUCGAACGGAGAAAACCUGACUUUAUCUCCAGGUAAAGACACAUUUAAAGUGAAGAUAAAUCCGCUGGACAAGAAGGAGCACAUCCGUAUCCAUGUGCCUCCCCCUCUGGACAGAGGAGAUGGCUCCUUCAUUGUGAGAUACCGACUCUAUGGCUCUGUGCUGAAGGGACUGAAGGUUGAAGUCCUCCACCAAGAUGCUGCUGUUGCUAAGUCACCCUACACCAUCCAAGGUCCAGUCUAUCAUGAAUACUGCGACUGUCCAGAAGCCAAUGCUUCCGUUUGGCAGACCAUCAUGCAGUGUCCCGCAGAGGAACCUCAGAUUCUGGCGGACUUUCAAGCUUUUCCAACAGUCGACCUGCCGCGUCUCAGACAGGAAGUGCCUCACAGAUUUGCCAACAGAGGAGGUCUCAUUCACUACGCCAUCAUCAACAACCAGUUGUACCGCCGCUCUCUGGGAAAAUACACAGACUUCAAGAUGUUCUCUGAUGAAAUGCUGCUCUCUCUAACAAGAAAGGUCAGGGUGCCUGAUGUAGAGUUUUACAUCAAUGUUGGCGACUGGCCAUUAGAGACGAGGAGGACAGAUGCUGUUCCAGUCUUGUCGUGGUGUGGCUCAGUAGACACACGGGACAUUGUCCUCCCCACGUAUGAGGUUACUCACUCCACCCUGGAGACCAUGAGAGGUGUCACCAACGACCUGCUGUCUGUCCAGGGAAACACAGGGCCUCCAUGGAUUAACAAAACAGAUCGGGCGUUUUUCCGCGGCCGGGACAGUCGAGAGGAGCGUCUUCACCUGGUUGCUCUGUCCAAGAAAAACCCCGAGCUGCUGGAUGCAGGUAUCACAGGAUGGUUCUUCUUCAGAGACAGGGAGAAACAUGUAGGCAAAGCACCGCUUGUUGGAUUCUUUGACUUCUUCAAGUACAAGUACCAGGUGAACGUGGAUGGAACGGUGGCAGCGUAUCGCUUUCCUUACUUGAUGCUUGGAAACAGUCUGGUUCUGAAGCAGGACUCAACGUAUUAUGAAUAUUUCUAUAGCCAUCUUAAAGCAGGUACUCACUAUGUUCCCGUCAAGAGAAACCUGUCGGACCUCUUGGAGAAAAUCAAAUGGGCUAAAGAGAACGAUGCAGAAGCACAAGAGAUUGCCAGAGCAGGUCAGACAAUAGUCCGAGAGCUGCUGCAGCCCAGCAGACUGUACUGCUACUACUACAGAGUGAUGCACAUGUACUCAGAGAGACAGGCGGGACAGCCCACACGGCAUGCAGACAUGGAGCUGGUGCCUCAGCCGGAUGACAACACUGCUGACUGUACAUGUGAGCGUAAAAACCACAACGAAGAAACCAAUAUGAAGGAUGAACUAUGAUGGAAUCUGUCUUUAGUAUUUAAUCUUUUUCAUUGUUUGUCUCUGAAACAUUCCUAACAACAUAUAAAGAGUGAAUGCUCCUGAUGCUCAGAAGAAAAUGUUAAUUUCACAGCUUACAGUUAAGCAUUUCUGUGAUAAAAUAACAAUGAGCCAUUUCAAGACAAGGCUGCAGGAACUUUCCUUUUAAAAUAAUAAUGCCACUCUUAGUUUUUAAUACUGUGUUGAGUUGUUUUUAUACCUUUUUUGUAAAGCUCUGGUUAGUAAUGCAAGAAACUAAGGAUAUCAUUACUGUUCUGUAAAUGUGCCUUUUCAUUGGAUAUUUGUAUACAGUAUUAUCUUAUAAUAAAUACAUCUUAAAUUAA